AUGGAAGCGGGAAAUUGGGUUGACAGCAUAAAGCGUCCCAAGUUAGCGGAGAGCUAUAAUGAUAACAGAAAUUCAAUUAAUUUCAUGCAAACUGGCGUAGAUUACUAUCUAGGAUGCUCUCCUGGUGUCCAAAAAGAUACCCCCAUACUUAUUCCACCUCUGUGAGCGAAAAAAAACCAUUUGAAAGAUCCUUAUUUUUUGGGUAAAGCCUGCCCUCGGUAUACAAAUAAAAGUUUGUUUAAAAAUUUAUUAUGAAAAAAUAAUUUGAUAGUAGCGAUAGUUAUUAUAAUGAAUUCUCUUACUAAUUCUGUUUAAUUUUAAACAAAUUGCAUUUUAAAACAUAUAUUACAAAUUAAACUUAUAUUUGCUUUUAAAUUGUUUCGAAUUUGGAGUUUAAUUAUAAAACAAAAAUUACUAUAAAAUUUAUAUGGAUUUUUAAAAAAAAAUAACACCCUCGUGAGCGAACUAUAUUUUUUGUUAGUUCAUGGAGAGGAGGAGUUAGAAUAUAUGGGGUUACUGAGGAAGGAAAUUCAGUUAUGGCUCACGUUCAUUCCUUUGCUUCAUAUUUCUGAGCAGAAUGCCCUUAUGGCAUGGACAAUGAUUUCUACAGCGAAAAGCUUAAACAAGCUUUAAAUUCUCAUCCUCAAUCCCCAAAUGCAGUCAGCCAUAUCACUUAUGAACCUAAAGAAUCCAUUAUGUAUUAUACACCCAAUGGCCCUUCUCUGUUUUUCAAAAUUCAUACCUUUAUCCCAAAAUCCAUUUCUACCCUUAAAGGGAUCAUUGAAAGGGGCAUUCAAGUCGAAGGUACCAUUUUUUCUGGGCAAACUUAUGAGUCAAAUAUCCCUUUUGCAUUAAGAUAUAUGAUUGAUGCAGGAAUCGUCGGAAUGUGCUGACUAGAGCUCCCUGCUUUUCAAUAUUCGAUAAGGGACUAUGACAAAAUUUCUAAUUCUGAUUUAGAAAUAGAUAUUAAUUACCAAAAUAUUAUUGUCCACAAGCCAGAAGGGGAAUGAAGCAAAAUCGCACCUUUAAGAGUCCUUUCCUUUGACAUUGAAUGCAAUAAUAACGGCCAAAAUUUUCCGACGCCAGAAAAAAACGAAAUAAUUCAAAUCGGAAAUGUCUGCAAAAUAGCGAACUCUGAAAACGUCAUAGCAAGAAAUAUUUUUACUUUAGGUGGCUGUUCAGAUAUUCCUGAUGCUACUAUUUUUAGCUAUAAUAGAGAAGAAGACAUGCUAAUGGGGUGGCGAGAUUUUGUGGUCUCUGUAGAUCCUGAUAUUAUUACAGGCUACAAUAUUCUUAACUUUGAUUAUGACUAUAUUUUCAAACGAGCCGAAAAACUGAAAUUAAAAAAAUUCCCUUUUUUUGGCAGAAUUAAAAAUUUACCUACAAAACUAAAAGAUACCACUUUUCACUCAAAAGCACAAGGUCUGAGAGAAAGUAAAGAAAUUUUAAUGGAAGGAAGAAUUCAGCUUGACAUGUUUCAGCAUAUACAAAGAGAACAUAAACUGAGUCAUUAUUCGCUAAAUGCAGUAUCAAUUGCCUUUUUAAAGGAGCAAAAAGAAGAUGUUCAUUGGACGAUUUUGAAAGACUUGCAAGAAUGCUCUGAUGAGACUAGAAGAAGGAUUGCUAUUUAUUGCUUAAAAGAUUGCUAUUUGCCACUAAGGCUGCUUGAGAAACUGAUGUGUAUUUUUAAUUAUGCUGAAAUGGCAAGAGUUACUGGGGUGCCUUUUUCUUAUCUUUUGACGAGAGGGCAGCAGAUUAAGGUUGCAUCUCAGCUGCUGAGAAAAGCAAAAGAGCAUAAUAUGCUAGUCCCUACACGGUCAAGAAAUGAAGCAGGAGAGAAAUAUGAAGGGGCUUUUGUACUGGAGCCUAAAAAAGGUUUUUAUAACGUCCCAAUUGCGACUUUGGAUUUUGCGUCACUUUAUCCUUCUAUUAUGAUGGCUCAUAAUCUCUGUUAUUCUACGCUAAUUUUACCAUCUGUUCUUAAUAGAAUGGACCCAGAAAAUAUUAUUUCAACUCCUUCAGGAGAUUAUUUUGUCAAAGCUACUAUAAGAAAAGGGAUUUUACCUAUUAUUUUAGAAGAACUAAUUGGGGCAAGAAAAAAAGCACGUGAAGAAAUUAAGCAAACUGAUGAUCCUUUUAUGAAAAAGGUACUUGAUGGCCGACAAUUGGCACUUAAAAUAUCAGCUAAUUCUGUUUAUGGGUUUACAGGAGCCCAAGUUGGCCAAUUGCCUUGCUUACAAAUUUCUUCAAGUGUAACUGCAUAUGGGAGAAUGAUGAUUGAAGAGACCAAAAUGACAAUUGAAGAAUUUUAUUCGUAAUAUUAUUAUAGAGUGGUUUUUCUGCCUAUUAGUUUAGCAGUCACUAACGAUCUAUAAAGGUUUAUCCGCUUUACGGCGCCAUCAGUUAAGCUCAGGUCAGCCCAUACCCAAGCUGAGACACCAUAUUUAAAGUAUGAAGAAUUUUAUUCAACUUCUAACAGUUUUGAAUAUAAUUCCCAAGUCAUUUAUGGUGACACAGACUCUGUAAUGAUUAAUUUUGGGCUUGAAAACCUAUCAGAAGUCAUGAAACUUGGCAAAGAAGCAGCAGAAAUGGUUUCCCAAAAGUUUGCAAAGCCCAUAAAACUCGAGUUCGAAAAGGCUUAUUUCCCUUAUUUAUUGAUGAAUAAAAAAAGAUACGCAGGGCUGCUAUGGACAAACCCAGAAAAGUAUGACAAAAUUGAUAUGAAAGGUAUUGAAAGUGUUAGGAGGGAUAAUUGUGCAUUGGUCAGGGAGACUAUAAAUACUUGUCUAUAUAAGCUGCUCAUUGAAAGAAACGUCAAUGAUGCUGUAGAUUUUGUUAAAGGUGUUGUAUCUGCCCUUUUGCAGAAUAAAAUUGAUUUAUCUAUGCUUGUUAUCACAAAAGCAUUGGGGAAAAAAACUCAAAGUGAAGGGAAAAGCAAUAAAAAUGCUUAUCAAGGGAAUCAGGCUCAUGCAGUUCUAGUAGAAAAAUUGAGGAAAAGAGAUCCAGCCACAGCCCCUGGGGUUGGAGAUAGAGUUCCUUAUGUGAUGAUAAAAGGAGUCAAAGGCCAAAAAGCUUAUGAGCUAGCUGAGGACCCUAUUUAUGCGCUAAACAAUGAUCUUUCUAUUGAUUUCAGCUAUUAUUUAGAAAAGCAGCUGAAGCUGCCCCUUUUGCGUCUCUUUGAUGCCAUUUUGGCAAAUCCUGAACAAUUAUUCAUUGGAGACCAUACUAAAAUCAGAUACCAAUCAAAAUCUGCUGGUGCCUUAUCUAAAUUUAUUAAGGUUUCAGCUACUUGCAUAUCGUGUAAAGCACAAAUAAAAUCUGGAGCAUUAUGUAGCAAUUGUGAAGAAAAGGCUCCAGAAAUUUAUUUGGAGAAAGUUUUGCAAGAAAAUCAGUAUGAAAAGAAUUUCCAAGAACUCUGGGCUGAGUGCCAAAGGUGCCAAGGAUCUGUUAACCAAGAAGUCCUGUGCACAAAUAAAGAUUGUCCGAUUUUCUACAGAAGAGAAAAGGUGAAAAAGGACAUGGGAUUAAUCAAAGUAGAGCUUGAAAAAUUAGCUUCGAAUUGGUAA